UCUAUCGCUAGAUGGCAGUGUAAUUCUUCUCCGUUGCGUUUCACAUCGGUUUACCAGCAGGAGAAGUCACGAAGAAAUGAAACAUGGCGGACUCGGAUGGGAGACAGGUUGACAGCAUCAACCAUGCUACAGGUGAAGAAGGGAAGUUGCAAGAUAUUGUAAAAGCAAAGAGUGAAGGUAAGGAGUUGACCAAAGAAGAAAAGCAGCGUCUUAGGAAAGAGAAGAAGCAGCAUAAAAAGAAUAAAAAAGAUGACAACAAGGGUCCUCCAGAGAAGGAAAAGGAGAAGGAAAAAGAGAAAGCAUCUGCUCCACCUCCAUCAAAGCCUGUCACCCAGAGCCCGGCACAUAAAGCAGCUGCUCCAGCACCUGUAACUGCAUCUGCAUCUGAAACUCCUGCGGCUGCAGAGAAGCCUGCAAAGACCAAAGCAGAGCUGCGAGCAGAGCGACGGGCACGGCAAGACUCAGAACGAGCAUCAAAACAGGGCAAGAAGGAAGGUGGUCAACAAUCCACCUCCAGCAAACCUAAAGCCUCCCCCAAUGAGCUCCAGCCAGUUGUGAAAAGGUUACCUGAGCACGUUCAGGUGGAUGAUCCUGCUGCGUUGAAAAAGUUGGCCAAGAAGCUUGAGCGACAGCAGAAGUCAGGGCAGGGAUGCGGUUUAAAUAUAACUGGAGUCCAGGUUCCUUUGAGGUCAGAUUAUGGUUACAAGGUCAGCCUGUUCUCACAUCUACAUCAAUACAGCCGAAAAAACCCUCCCACGCAGCAAAUCAGCAUCCCAGCCACAGUUAUUCACCCAUCCAUUGUUCGGUUGGGCCUGCAGUACUCUCAGGGCAUUAUAGCAGGAUCCAAUGCUCGAUCUGUGGCCCUGCUACAUGCCUUCAAACAGGUUAUUCAAGACUAUAGCACACCUCCAAACGAGGAGUUGUCAAGGGACCUUGUGAACAAGCUUUCACCUUAUAUCAGUUUCCUCAGCCAGUGUCGGCCUCUGUCUGCCAGCAUGGGCAAUGCCAUCAAGUACAUAAAGAAGGAGAUUUCAAAUAUACCCAAUCAAUGCAAAGAAGAGGAGGCAAAAGGGAAACUGCAGGCAUGUAUUGAUAGUUACAUAAAUGAGAAGAUCAUUUUGGCUUCUGAAGCCAUUUCUAAAUAUGCUAUUGAGAAGAUAAGCAAUGGAGACGUCAUUCUAGUUUACGGCUGCUCGUCACUUGUCAAUCACAUUCUGUGCGAAGCCUUUGAGAAGCAGAGGCAGUUCAGAGUCAUAGUUGUGGACAGUCGGCCCAGGUUGGAAGGUCGAGAGGCGCUGAGGCGUCUGGUGAAGAAAGGCAUCCGAUGUACUUACGUGCUCAUUUCUGCCUUGUCCUACAUUCUGCCUGAAGUAUCCAAGGUAUUUCUCGGUGCUCAUGCACUCCUUGCCAAUGGAUAUGUGAUGUCACGUGUUGGAACUUCCCAAAUUGCCCUGGUAGCAAAGGCCUACAAUGUACCAGUGCUGGUCUGCUGUGAGACCUACAAGUUCUGUGAACGAGUGCAGACGGACUCUUUUGUAUCCAAUGAAUUAGAUGACCCUGAUGACCUGAUUGUGACCAGAAAUGGGAAGACCCACCUAGAGAACUGGCAGACUGUUAAAUCGCUGGGCCUUCUGAACCUGGUGUAUGAUGUGACGCCACCAGACUUUGUGGACCUUGUGAUCACCGAUUUGGGCAUGAUCCCCUGCACCUCUGUGCCUGUGGUACUGCGAGUCAAGAAUGUAGAUCAGUGAAGAGCAGAUGCACACACUUCCCUCUUGAAUCUGUGCGCACAGGGCUUCUGGCAUGAAACAAACAUAUCUAUCAAAUGGAACCAGCUUUUCAAAUAUAGCUGCUGUUUAUGUCCUCAUUGGGGGGACUCCAUUUCAUUUUGAACCGCGCAACUGGUCCUAUUCUAGAUGUGUUUUUUAAAUGACAGUUGGUUUCAGGCAGAACAUUCUGAGAUCAGUUCAUGAAAUUGGUGUAGACACCAUGCAGAUUGUCAGUAAUGCAUUUUUUGCUUUCAGUUUUGGCCCCUCAUGAUGGUCCGUAAAUAGACAUACACGUUUUAAGAAAUAUCUAUCAUCUUUUUUUCAAGAUUACCCAUGCCAAAGUCCUUUCAUAGAUGUAAAAAAAAGGGAACAGUGCAUAUGUGUGCGCAAGACCAUGUUGUACGUAUAAGGGGUUUGGUUUAUAUGACCAAAACCUUAGAAAUGCUACAAGAAAAUAAAUGGUUUAGAUUAAAAAAUGA